GCACCUUCCUCGCCAAGGACACCCGCAAUGGCCUCCACUGUUCUGGGAAAGAGGACGCGCAGCUCAGCACGUGCAGAUGCCUCAGAUGCAAAAUUGAACGUCGCCACACGCGCAAAGCGGAGGGCCCAGUUUGUUAUCCACGAUGAAGGCGAGAUUGAGAAUCCGUUUGUUACGCCCAAAAAGCAAAAUGCACGCGAUGAGGAUGCAAUGGAGGUGGAUGACUCGGCGGAAAAGCCAUCGACAAGACGCGGAAGGAGGGCUGGCACCACUCCCGCAAAGAAGAUCGAGCCAUGUUCGCAGUUUGCGCUUUCGUCCACCAAGGAAAAUUCUCCGCAGAAGGCGCUUGUCGACAUACCCGACAAGUAUGCGCCUACUCCUUCGACGCCCAGACACCGCGAUGCUAUUGCCGCCAAGGUUGCCGUUACACCGCGACAUCGCCUCAUCAUCCCCGGACGCCCACUGACACCGCGCACACCACACACUCCAGGAACUCCCCGCCAUACCGCGCCUACCAUUUACAACGAAGCCCGACAAGUAUUCGCCAGGGGAUCUGCGCCUACCGUGCUGUUUGGACGAGAGAAUGAGAAAAAGGAGCUCCAAACCUUCAUCACCACACGCACCAAAGGCCGGAAAUCCGGAUGCAUCUACGUAUCAGGCCCGCCCGGCACUGGCAAGAGCGCCUUCGUCAACGAUGUCUGCCGUUCUGUUGCGUCCGAGGAAUCCGUCGAAACAGGCUACGUCAAUUGCAUGAGUGUCAAGAAUGCGCGCGAUCUGUACAGGACGCUGCUGGAAGAAUUCGUCGACAUCACCGAGGUUGUGGAAGGACAAGAGAUGGAUGCGCUCAGGAAUGUUUUUAUGCAGCGAGAUUGCUCCUACGUUGUUACGCUUGACGAGGUCGAUCAUCUCCUGGAACUCGACAUCGACCUGUUCUACAACAUUUUCGAAUGGUCGCUGGAAAAGUCUUCCAGCUUGAUUCUCGUUGGCAUUGCAAACGCCCUCGAUCUGACGGACCGGUUUCUUCCAAGGCUCAAGGCUCGCGGUCUCAAGCCACAACUGCUGCCUUUCCUCCCGUACAACGCAACGCAAAUCUCAUCGGUCAUCACGUCGAAACUCAAGGCCCUCCUUCCAGCAGGCAGCACCAGCCAACUCCCAUUCAUCCACCCGACAGCCAUCAUGUUCCUGUCGAAAAAGGUAGCCGCUCAAUCGGGCGACCUGCGCAAAGCCUUCGACAUAUGCCGACGAGCCAUCGACCUCAUCGAAGCCGAGACACGGGACCAACACGCGAAAAAAGCAUCUGAAACCACUCCUUCGCCCACGCCGUCGCCCUCCAAAGCGCCCCUGGUAGAAAACGACAACCUCGCCUUCCCCGCGAUGCGCUCGCCCUCGAAGCCAAAAGAUCUCAGCGCCCUCAUCGCCGCCUCACUCGGCUCCCUCACCAUCGAAACCGCACCGCGCGCCACCAUCAGCCACAUGGCGAAGAUCACAGCCGCCGUCUUCAGCAACGGCACAAGCCAGCGUCUGCGCAAUCUCAAUCUCCAGCAAAAAGCCGUUCUCUGCUCCCUCAGCUCGAUUGAAAAAAAGAAACGCGCCACCGCCGCCGACACAGUGCUAUCCACGCCCUCGCGCUCACACACGACGUCGCCAACGCUCAAAGAGCUCUUCGAAGCCUACACGGCCCUCUGCAAGCGCGAAAACACACUGCACCCCCUCACCAGCACAGAGUUCAGAGACAUCAUAGCCAGUCUGGAAUCCCUCUCUCUUAUCUCCGCCGUCCAGGGGAAAGCCGGGUCGCUUGACGCCGGCGCUGCAACACCUAGUCGGAGGGGGAGGGGCAAGGCGUUUCCAGGUGUGGUUGUCGAGGAGCGCAGAGUCGCGAGCGUGGUUGCCGAAAAGGAACUCGCGGAUUCGCUGGCGGGGCCCGGCGCGGCUAUUCUGCGGGGCAUUCUGGAGGCGGCGUGUUAG